GCAGGUCCAUUAACAUUUUUCAAACGACUGCAUCGACGGCGCCUGCAAAAAGUCGCUGUAGUUCAAAGCAAUUUUAAAUUUCCGAAGCAAACGCACUACGAACUGCGGCUUUUUAUUCGCCAAAAUUAGUGAAAUCGCCAGAAGAAAUAUACAUCCCAACCGGCGAAAUCAGCUGUAGCUCGGUACCUGUGUGUUUAUGUGCAUCGUGUAUGCGGAGAGAGACAUCUCAACUGUGUGUGUGUGUGCGAGCUUCCAAUCAGUAAGCCAGGAUAUCCAAACAACUGUGAAAAUUUAUAAUUGAUCAACCUAAAAAUAUAAAAAGAGAGCGAAUUUUAAAAAUGGAUCUGAACUUCGCCGAAUUGAAAAAGGAGGCUGCCGCCACCAACGAGGAUAUCUUCCAGAGGGCUCAAAAAGCCUUUGAGGACUCUGGACUUGCCGGCGAUGCUGGUAAUGUGAGCGGUGGCGCACAGGACGACAAUGCCCAUACAGAGCACUACUUCGCCAAUGAGCAGAAGAACCUGGACUUUGGUGAUCCCAAGGAAAUCGUUCAGCACAUUUCUGCCGCCGCCAAGGAGGCGAAAUUGGGAUUGGAUUCCAAGUUUACCGAGAAGGCGGAUGAUUUUGAGGACUUUUUGCGCGACGCUGGAAAGGAGGUCAAGCAGGGCAUCAGUGGAUUGACUACGGACUUCAUGAACGCCGAGAGGGGCUUCUCUGCUCCCCUGGCCCCAUUCUCAGAGGCUCCAGUUGCAGCUCCUGCUGUCCCAGCUCCAGUGGCUCCAGUUGUCCCAGCUCCAGUGGCUCCAGCUGUUCCGGCUUCUGCACCAGUAGAGGAGGAUCUCCUGGGGAGCUUCAGUGACCACCCAACAGCACCACUCCAGGCCUUCCAGCCCACGGCACCGUCUACGACCAAUUUAUAUGAUGACGAUGAGGAUGAGGACAUUAUGGUCCAGCCGAGCACUGCUGCUCCACCAACCAAUGCCAACCAAGAUUCAGACACCGAAUCGCCGUCCGUCUCGUACACUCCAUCGCCGGCCAAAAAACCCAUUGUGGAUGCCCUCAAGGAACAGGACAACGAGAAGUUUAUCUCGUCGGAGGAUCUGCUUAGUGACUUCAAGGAAGAGCCACGUUCAGCGGUGGCUUUUGCACCCAUUCCAGCGCCAGCACCCGUUGCUGCUCCUGUGGCUCCAGUUGCCAACCCCCAGCCGGUUCCAGUGGCUGUACCUGUGACAACCGCUUUGGUAACCGACCUGGAUGACGAUGAAGUGGUGUUCAAGCCCACUGUCCAAGAGGCGUCCAAGGCACCGGCACCUGCACCCGAACCGAAACCAGAGCCACCCAAGCCAAAGGCUGCCCCAGUGCCAGUUGCAUCGUCGUCACCACAGCCCAAGAUUGUGUCUGUCGAAGAGAUCUUCUACAAAUACGGAUUGGAUGCCUGGUUUAAACCCGAACGUUUGCACCCGCAAGUGGAGUCACUCAUCUACUGGCGUGAUGUGAAGAAAUCCGGCAUUGUCUUCGGCGCCGGCCUGAUUACAUUGGUGGCCAUCUCCAGCUUCUCGGUGAUCAGUGUGUUCGCCUACUUGUCGCUCCUGGCUCUCUUCGGAACCGUGGCCUUCAGAAUCUACAAAUCGGUCACACAGGCCGUGCAAAAGACAAACGAGGGACAUCCCUUCAAGGAAUACCUGGAGUUGGACCUGACGCUGUCGCAAGAAAAGGUGCAGAACAUUGCUGGCGUGGCUGUGGCACAUAUCAAUGGCUUCACCUCUGAGCUGAGGCGUCUGUUUCUGGUUGAGGAUAUCAUCGAUUCGAUCAAAUUCGGCGUCAUUCUGUGGGUCUUCACCUACGUUGGCGCCUGGUUCAACGGCAUGACUCUGGUCAUCUUGGCCUUUGUCUCGCUGUUUACCUUGCCCAAGGUAUAUGAGAACAACAAACAAUCGAUCGACACCUACUUGGAUUUGGUGCGCAGCAAAUUGACAGAGAUCACCGACAAGAUCCGAGUCGCUAUCCCCAUUGGCAACAAGAAGCCCGUGGUCGCUGCCGAGUCUGACAAGGACAAGUAAAGAACUCGCACUAGCAACAGAAACAACCACAAUAAAACAUGUUUAUUUAUUUAUUAAGCAUUAUUUGAAUGGUUUUAAUAUUCAUCCAGGCAUUAAAUAAAUAACAAAUUUAGCUGCAAUGUUUA